AUGACAAUGGGAAACCACAGUGCUGUCCACACAUUUAUUCUUCUUGGGCUGUCUGCUGACCCCUCUACUCAAGCUAUACUCUUUGUGCUGUUCUUUCUUAUUUACCUCCUUACUUUGAUGGGGAAUUUCCUGAUGGUGCUGGUGAUCACAGCGGAUUCUCGCCUCCACACACCCAUGUACUUCUUCUUAAGACAGCUGUCCUUCCUAGACCUCUGCCACUCAUCUGUCACAGCUCCCAAGAUGUUGGAGAAUCUACUUUCUGAAGGGAAAACCAUCUUUGUAGAGAGUUGCCUGGCUCAGGCCUUCUUUGUGUUCGCCACUGGUGGCACCGAGGCCUGCCUACUUGCUGCAAUGGCCUAUGACCGGUAUGUUGCCAUAAGCUCCCCUCUGCUCUAUGGCCAGCUGAUGAGUAACCAGCUGUGUGUUCGCCUGGUGUGGAUCUCCUGGGGUCUGGCCUUUGUUGAUGCCCUCACCAAUAUCCUCCUGGCUGUCAAUUUAGACUUCUGUGAUGAACAAACUAUUCCCCAUUUCAGCUGUGAGCUGUCUUCUCUCUUCCCUCUGUCAUGCUCUGAUACAUCUGUCAACUUUACACUUCUGCUCUGCUCCUCUGUCUUGCAUUUCUUUGGAACUCUUGUUAUGAUUGUUUGUUCUUAUGCCCGCAUUGUCUCUGCUGUCCUGAGGGUCAGCUCCAUCACAGGCAGAAGCAAGGCCUUCUCCACUUGCCUGUCCCACCUCACCACUGUGAUCUUGUUCUAUGGCUCAGGUUUCAUCAGCUAUCUCUUACCAGCUUCAGGUUCCUCUCUGGAAAUGAUCUUCUCCUUGCAAUACAGUAUGAUCACCCCCAUGCUGAAUCCCCUCAUCUACAGCCUGAAGAACAAGGAGGUGAAGACAGCUGUUGAAAGAAUGUUUAGAAAAUAUUUCCAUCCCCUUAUGUAG